CUUCUUUAAAGACAUGUAGGGUAAUAUGUUUUCAAUUAUCGCCUAAACAAGAGGGAGAGUGCGGGAAAACGGAAAACCAAUUCUUCGUUCAAAAUUUCGAAUCCUCACUCCUCUCUCUAUAAACACCUUUAAAGUAAAUUUUGCGUCACAUGAUCUGUUUGUUAGACGCUUUUAAUUUCAACUCAAAUCUUUUCUUCAAUUCAGAUUUUCCUGUUUAUGUCACUCAAAUUUUCUAAAUUCUUUAAAUUAGGGUUUAUUCCUUUUCAUUCCACCCCAUUCUCAACCACCUGAUUUUAAUUUCAAAUUUUAGGGUUUAGCAAUAAUGGUGAGAGUAAAGAAAGAAUUAGGAAGCACUAGUAAUAAUGGAAAUGUUGCAGCAAGGGAUUUGAGGAGUAGAAAAAUUGGAGUUAAUUCUACUUCAAAUGAGCCCGCAAAUCCGAGGAACGGUAAAAGGAUUAAAGUUGAUUCAACCUCCAAUGGUUCCGCCGCCGUUAAUGAAAAUCAGAGAAACGGAAUUAAUGAACAACAAGAGGAUGAUGAAGUUGUUGUCAGGAGAAAUCUUCGUUCCAGAUAUCUUGCUGUUAAAAACCAACUCUCUGAAGAGGAUUUAUCAAGGCCGGAUUCAGAUAAGUUCAAGACUAUGAUGGAAGAAGUUGAGAAUUUACAUCAGAAAGUUCGGAAGCCACGCGAGCAAGUGGCUGAUGCUGAGGCUUUGUUGGACAUUACAAGCAGUUUUGUGAAAUCUGUCAAGGCACAAAAAAAUGAGGGGGUAACUCCAUCUGAUUUUGUGUCUUGCUUGCUUAGAGAUUUUGGUCGGGAAGGUCGAGCUACCAGCAGUUCUGAUUUCAGCAAUUUGAUACUUUGGAAAGACAUUGGGAUAGCAGUUUCACAUAUAUUUAGAAAAGGCUCUGGAUGUUGUACUAUGUUAGGACCAAUGAGUUAUGAAAUAAAGAAAAGAAAGACUGUAGUACGUAAAAAACAUGUCAAACCAACUGAACUUGCUCGGCCAGAAGAGCUUGAUAAUGUUGCGGAAGAAAAAACUGAUACGGACAAGAAUAUGGCAACCAUAUUUGGCAUUUUGAGGAAAAAUAAAAGGGUCCGCCUGGAAAAUUUGAUCCUGAACAGAAAGUCAUUUUCACAGACAGUAGAAAACUUAUUUGCUUUGUCGUUUUUAGUGAAAGACGGAAGAGCUGAAAUCACUGCAAAUGAGAAUGGCCAUUUUGUUUGCCCAAGAAAUGCUCCAGCUGCUGAAGCAGUUGCUUCAGGGAAAGUUUCAUACAGUCACUUUAUCUUCAGAUUUGACUUCCAGGACUGGAAGUUGAUGCUAGAUUCUGUCAGGGAAGGUGAGGAGCUAAUGCCACACAGGGCUCAAGGAGACACAUCUGCUCAUUCGGAGAGUCCAACAGAAUCUGAAAAUGUAGAUCCUACAACAACGUGUACAACAACACCCAUUAGAAAAUUAUCAAGGAACCGAGGUUUAGUUCUGCAGGAACAGACGGUUGUGGAAAAUUCACCGGAAAGUGAUGAAAAUAGAUCGAGAGCUGCGUAUAUCAGAAAAAGAAAGGCGAAAGUGCGAAACUGAUAGGAGUAAACUAGAAUUAGAGGAUGUUUUAUAAACUAGUGAGUUUAAUUUAGUGCUUUAGAAAUUAGAUGAGUUGAGCAUGUAAUCUCCAGUAUAAUUCCUUGAGUAGCUGUUCCUUACAGUCUACACUCUACAAUCCUCAAAUCUAGUUAUAUCAUUUUGUUAUUUGAGAUAUGUGAAAAAACAAAUUCUUGA